CAACUUUUGCCCAUUUGGAGGGAAACCCUCCAAAGUUCAAACCUAGACACCAACCCCUCAAAUUAUUCACCCAAAUUCAAAUUUAUACACUUCACUAUCUCAUCAAUACAACGACAGCAGCGGCAACAACAAAGCCAAGACACGCGUAGUAAAAGAAAAGGAAAGAAAAAAAACCCUUCCUUUCCUUACCAAAAACAAAACCCCAUUUUUAUUAUUGUCCAAAUUCCCCCUCUUCCUCUACCGUACACAACAUCUUCCUUAAGCAAACCAAAAGGAAUCCCACAAUAUCAUUUUUGUAGUAAUCAGCAACUAUGUCACAGCAUACAACAGGAGGGACUGAUUUUAGCUUACCAGAUGAGAUCUUAGCAGUGAUUCCAUUGGACCCAUAUGAACAACUGGAUCUGGCAAGGAAGAUUACAUCCAUGGCAAUUGCAUCCCGCGUCUCCAAUUUGGAAUCUGAGAUGGGUCGCAUGAAGCAGAAGAUGUUAGAGAAGGAUCAUAUUAUUUUUGAGCUUCAAGAGAAAUUGGGUAACUUGCAACGUGUCUGCCAGGAAUCUGAAUCCAAAUUGAGUCUAACUCUCGAUGACAAUGUGAAACUUUCAAAGGAAAGGGAUUCACUGGCAAUGACCGCAAAGAAACUUGGACGUGAUUUGGCAAAGUUGGAGACAUUUAAGAGGCAACUAAUGCAGUCACUAAGUGAUGAUAGUUCAUCGCAGCAAGCUGAAUCCGUGGAUAUUGGCACCUGUGAUCAAUCAGUUCCUAGAGUCUAUCCCGACAAAGAUGAGGGGAUGAAUGGCUAUGUAACCCACCAUUCUUUCAGUGGCUGUACUGAUAUCAGAAACAACAAUAGUAUUGAUGAGGCUUCUAGGCAUGCUGGACAAAGAUUUUCUAUCACCCCAUAUAUUACACCACGGCGGACUCCAACUGGAACUCCAAACAUUAUUUCUACAAGUGUAUCUCCUAAAGGUUAUUCUGCUGCUGGAUCUCCUCAGAGAACCUCAGGGGCAACUUCUCCUACAAAGCCUCAAUAUGAUAAACAAGCUUCCCUUUCUUCAUGGUACCCGUCAAGCCAGCAAUCAUCAGCGGCAAACUCUCCUCCCCGUGGUCGUGCAAUUCCAGGUCGCCCUCCACGCAUGGAUGGAAAGGAGUUCUUUCGUCAGGCCAGGAGUCGCCUAUCAUAUGAACAGUUCAGUGCAUUUCUGGCUAACAUCAAGAAACUAAAUGGUCAAGAACAAACUCGAGAGGAAACUUUAAGGAAAGCAGGAGAGAUAUUUGGGACAGAAAACAAAGAUCUUUAUCUUUCUUUCCAAGGAUUGCUUAAUCGCAACAUACACUAGACCUCAAGCUGUCCAUGUAGCUAGGAAGGUUCUAGAUAGAUAUCAGAGUUCCAUUUGGUUUUUGGACAUUGAUGAAUUCUACCUCGACUGACAACGAUUGCUUGGCAGGUCGUGGAUCAGACUUGUUCCCAUCUUCUAUGAAGAUUGCUUUGGCGUAAAUUCUCCAAGGCAAUUGAAUUUUUUUUUUUUUUAAAGAGAGGACAGUAGCUGCUUCUUUUGAGCAACUAGAAUAAGAAUGUAAAUAAUUCGAGGUUUUCGUAUGGCCUGCUCAGCCAUUAGUGCUUCUCGAUAUCCUGCAAGAUUUUUAUAUCUUGUACUUGCAAACAAGGGAUUUUUUCUUCAUUGUGGCAUUAUCCAUCACCUCAA